UCACUGUUUUUCCGUCUCUCUUCGGGCACGGUCCUUGCGAUGGCGGAGAAUCAGAUCGCCGGCGGUUCUCCCAGGCGUGUGUCGGUCAUUAAAACCACCCCGAUUAAACCCAAGCGCCUGGAUGUGAGCCCCACCAGCCCAGGCUUCAGUGAUUUCAUGGUGUAUCCGUGGCGAUGGGGUGAGAACGCCCACAAUGUCACCCUCAGCCCCGGAGCCACGUUCACCGGCCCCGGCGCCAGGGAAACCCAGUGCGGGGCAGCGGCGGCUCUGCACCAGGAGCUGGAUCAUCUUUCACAGGAUGGGACAAGACGUGGCCGGCCAAGAGCAGAGCUCAUCCGUGAUCUGAUAAACGAGGGUGAACACUCCUCGAGCAGAAUCCGCUGUAAUAUUUGUAACCGAGUGUUUCCCCGUGAGAAAUCCUUACAAGCUCACAAGAGAACACACACUGGUGAAAGACCUUAUUUAUGCGACUACCCGAACUGUGGGAAAGCAUUUGUUCAGAGUGGGCAGCUAAAAACUCACCAGCGCCUUCACACUGGGGAAAAGCCAUUUGUUUGCUCUGAAACUGGCUGUGGAAGCAGGUUUACACAUGCUAAUCGCCAUUGCACCAAGCAUCCUUAUGCACGUUUACGGAGGGAUGAAGUGUCUAAUGGAGCAAACAAAACACAGGCUGCUGAUAACAAGGCUGUUGCAGAAUGGCUGGCAAAAUACUGGGAGACCCGAGAACAGCGUACCCAUCCUGUGAAGAACACUGGACAGAAGGCUGACCAGGAGCAGCAGGACCCUUUGGAGUUCAUACAGUCUGACGAAGAUGAAGAAGAGGAGAAAAAUGGGCCACAUGCAGCAGCACGCCGACGUAUGCAGGAGCAACGGGAGCGACUGCACGGUGCUCUGGCUCUCAUCGAGCUGGCGAACUUAACUGAAGCACAGUUGCGCCAGUAACUGCAAUGCAUAUAUUUUAUGAAACGGAACUGUCUGUGGACUAGGGUCCUACUAGUCCACUAGACAAGUCAUGCACCUUAUAUUUGCUUUUAAUAGGCUGCUAUUAUGUAGAAAUUAAGAUGAUGAAUGUUGUUGCCCUUGCUUAAAGGAGCACCAGUGUUAUGCACUUUUUGUCUGGAAAGGUUUGUUUAUGUAAAGUUUUAGUUUAGUAAAUAUUGCAAAGCUUUGAAGGAUCACUUAAUGUAGGGCAGGAAAUGAAUCUGCAGGUGCUGAAUUCUAGGUGUAGCAGGGAUAUUUAACUUGCAUUUAUAGUGCAAAAUUUGCACUGUUUGAUGGAAUGUAAGAUGAGCAGUGCCUUUCUGAGAUCUUCCUUUGUGACUUUAACUUUUUAAGCUUCAGUAUACGCUUUCCAAUGGCAACAUUUAUAGUCAUCCAAGCAAACGCACAAGAAUUCAGUUAGCAUCUGAAAGAGGGGAAAAAAAAGUUAACCCUUUUUCAGAAGGAGCACCCUUUUAAAAACUCUUACAAUGACAACCCAACCUUUCUCUUUCUGGCACUAUCUGAAUUGCAAGUGCAUUCUCUUUUUUUUUUUGUUUAUAAUUUAGAUUUUCAGCAUUCAGUUUAUUUUAUCUUGGGCCAGAUUUAGUCUAUCAUUCCGUUAAAUUAUUAAAGCCGCUGAGUUCCAUAACUUUUUCCUCUUUUCAGCAGCCCUUUAAAAUGCACUGAUGGCCUGUUCACCAAGCUCAUCUAUUUGAGAACUGCUAGUAUAUUGGGAAGGAUAGUGCAGUGAUUUUCAUCCAUUAGCCACAAUGAGUAAAUACACCCCACCUUUAUCGUCCAAAUAGGCAACCUUGCUUUGGUUGAAACAAAUGAUCCAUUUUUUGUCGGAAUUGAAAAGGAGAAAUCAAUUAAAUGGGAACCACUUUAAAACAUGGCCUCAUAUCAAUCUGAAUCCCAGUAACAGGUAAAUAUGUUUCAGAUACUUUAUCUAAACAUACUAUGUUACAGUAGCUUCAAAAUAUACAUGAGAUGGACCAAGUAUUGACAUACUGUAGAACACAGCAUUGUCUGAAGGUACCACUGAACUAAAUUACUGUACACUCAAUUUAUAGUAGUCUAACAUGAAAAACUUAACUAACUCUGAAUUUGAGAAAAAAGUAGAGCAAUUGGACUUAUUUGCAGCUAGCUGAAACAUUGGAAAAACAUUUUUGCCCUCUUUAAUGGUUAUUGGAAAAUUGUGACAUCUGAUUUAACUAGAGAUAGUUAUCUCAAUUGUAAAUGAUCGUCAGUGCUUGAGCAUUGUUGCUAAAGUUUAGUUUUACUGAAGCGAACAUGAGGGUAUAGCACUAGGCUUGUUUUUUUUUAUAUAUAUAUAUAGCACUAAAAGCACAGGAGGCUAAAGACUUCUGUGCCAGACAUAUUGACAAAUUGCACAUUUUGUGUGUUGAAAUGCAACCCGUAUUCCGUCAAAUAGACUUAAGCAACCCUGUGAGGCCUGGAUCUUGAAUUGGUGCAAAUGAUUUAACCCAACUGGCAUCACACAACAAAUGCCCUGAAUUUCUGCACUUAGCAUGUAUAGUGUGCGUUGCUGCCCAGGUACUACAAUCUUGUGUAAUAAGCCCUAGAAACAGUGCAGAUGCUGAUUUCUGAGCAACAACAAAUUGCCUGCUCUAUUCUUAAUCUGUAAAAUGCAGGCUUAGGGAUCUACAAGUGAAAUGUGGUACUCAUUAAUUUUAGUAGUUUAGUGAAGUUUGAACUGGGUGAGUUUGGGUGAUGGAAGAAGUUUUGUUGAAUUUCCUGUUGGCAACACUAAAUUGUAUUGCUGUGUAUCAGUAGUUUUAUUAUAAUCACAUUGCAGUUUUUAUAGCUUGCCGUUAUUGCUUUGUUGCAGUGUCUCUUUUUUUUAAAGUCCUCUUAUUUUGUUGGACAACUUCAAUUUGUUUUGUCAUAAUCCAAUAUUUUCUGCCUUUUUUUCCAGUUAAACAUUUAAAUACUGCAUGAAGUUUUUAAUUCUGUAAGUUGACGAGCUUGAAAUGCCAUUAUGGUAUAGACUAACAGCUGUUUUUAGUUGCGCACGUUUUACAUCUACACAGUUACAGCAUUGGCUGAAGCAACCAGGACCGAUUUUAUUCAGUCACUGUCCAGAAAAAAGCAGUGUAGCCUCAGUGUCCAAACAGAAGAGAUUUUGUGCGUUUCCAAGCCUAUCAUGCUAGUCAGUUUCUGUGCAAGACUUCCUUCAUCAGCUAAC